UGCGCAUGAUAUUUUUGAUCUACAGUAUCGAACGGACCUCUCUGCUGCAGUAAGUGGUGGUCGGUCACACGAAUGUAUCGCGAUGUUCAACCCAUGUACAGUAAUAGGUAUGAUCAAAGAAUUUCCUCAAUUAUUACCCAUCGGAUGCCGAACUUUCAUCAUGCACACCAGGGCGCCCUCACAGAUCCGUCGUGACAAGGAUAUGCACCAAUACUGCAUGCAGGCUUUCCCUCCGUGCAUGUAUCGUAUACCUGGAGGGCUUUUCGCAUGUGCAUGAUUAGCUGCAUGAGGAUCUCAUGGAUGUUCCCAAUGACAAUUACCGACGUCGACUGGUUUAUUUUUUUAACCCCCAUCGUUUUAGACCCAUCGAGGAAUCAAUGGGCAUUUGCCGAAGACUUCCAAGGUUUCGGUGCAUUGGGUCGCAGGAGAGCACACCGCAUUUCCCACCACCUGCAUGAACACUGCAAGCCUCAUCCGCCUCAAUUUUUUUUCUCCUUUCUGCUCUCCGACGCUGCUGCUGUUGCUGCCGUCGUCGUUAUUGUUGUUGUUCGAGGCUAUGGAGAAUGGGGAGAAACGCGCGCCUCCACUAUUCUCGACCUGUGUCGGCGUCGUCCAGCCGCCGCUGCCGUGAGAGCCCGUCACGAAUCUCUCAACCGGAGUGCCCUCUCACCAUUCCAUUCUGGAGCACAACCAUCCACCGCGCGUCGUGGUGUCCUGUCGAUCUCUCCCCAAAAUCUGGGGCAAUUGGCGUCCAGAUGCAUGCCGAUCGCAUGGAUGUCUCUACCCCGUGCCCAACUCUAUCCUGCAUCCAACGGCAUCUGAUACGCUGGCCCUGGCUUGUGAUAGACAUGGAGAUCAUCGCUUUGCGCGGUCGACUCCACAACAGCUUGAGAUGUUCAUCAACCCCACCAAGGCAGGGGAGAGUGAGAGGUCGCUGGACCGCGGCACCAGAGGACGAAGUCGGUCCUACAUGUAGAAUCGUAGAUGAUGUUGCGCUUCCGUAGGCGAGGCUAUCUAUACGAACUCACGAAUCAUCAGGCAGGUGGUUUCCGUGAGAACACGGCCGCCGGUCAAGAGGGAGGGAAACGUGCCCUAGAUCUUCUCUCCACCACCACCAAUUCCUGUUCGACCUCCUCCUCCUCCUCCACAUGCCCAGAUGUGAUGAAUCUGUCUAUGAAUGAUGCCGAACCCGCGCCAUCGAUCGAAAACUCAGUUUCUCUCGGGGGCGCACUCACAUCGUCUUGG